GGUAUUUGGGAAAAGAUUAGCCGUUCUUCAACUGUUGAACGUUAAUUGAAAUAAAACUCGUUUGACAUACUCUGCAAAUUAAUAAUUUAUUUUCAGCAAGUCAAAUUCUGUCCUCCGUGAAGCACACGCCGAGAGGAUCCAGAUAUUUAACGUCUUAAUCACUUGAAUAAAUGGCUGAUUCAGUGGUCAACCCCAAAGCCUACCCUCUGGCUGAUGCCACACUGAGCAAAACCAUCCUGGAUCUUGUGCAGCAAGCUGCCAAUUACAAGCAACUCCGCAAAGGGGCCAAUGAAGCCACUAAGACCCUGAACCGCGGUAUCUCCGAGUUCAUUGUGAUGGCUGCCGAUGCUGAGCCUCUGGAGAUCAUCCUCCACCUGCCACUGCUCUGCGAGGACAAGAAUGUGCCCUACGUGUUUGUUCGCUCCAAGCAGGCCCUGGGGCGCGCAUGUGGGGUCUCGCGCCCAGUCAUUGCCACCUCAGUCACCAUCAAGGAGGGCUCACAGCUCAAGCCCCAGAUCCAGUCAGUGCAGAUGGCCAUUGAGAGGCUGCUGGUUUGAGCAGAUCUCAUGCAGGGGGCGGACAAAUUAACAUUUGGACAUCACUUGCUUUUGUCAUGCUCCAGUAUUUAUAUCUUUUAAAUGGGACAAGCUAUGAUGAUUCAUUUCUUCCCCAUUUUUUGUUUGAUAUCUUGUCAGUCUCACGAACAGAAGAAUGUAUUUUAUAAGGUUUUCUUUUAUUUAGGAAUAUUGUGAAAUUUGAAUUUGAAAGCACAAGUAGAUCGUUUGUACAGGGCAGAUUCAUAUAGGAUUUCAAACCGCGGUCAUAAAAUUUUUAUAGUCAU